AUGAGCUCGCCACCCCCGAGGCCUCGGUAUCCAAUAUUUGCAACUAAGCAGCUUUCACAUGUACCAAUCCCCAAUGUUCAUACUUUUCAGGAAGGAGUUUCUGGCUUGAUGAAGAUUAAAAGCUCCGGACGAUCCUGUCACCGCAUUACCGUUCAUAGUCUUCCUGCUGUACUUAGCACGGGACGCGUACGAAGUAAACUGUACAUCGAAACACAACACGAUCAUUUGAUUGUCAAGUCUACAUCGAGCUAUAGAAAAUCGGAAUGA